CGCUCCCGGAGUCAUCCAAAGGGCCGAACCCCUUCCUGACUUCUAAGGACUGUCGAAGCCAGCCCCAUGAACAGAUUGAGUGGGUCAGGCCCCAAGUGGGCCACAGCACUGUCGGAUGCGACUACUGGGGGCGCUCUAGCCGCGUGAGGGCGCAGCCACGGAACCCGCGCGCUGCAGGGGCCCCUGUGGGAGGGACCGCAAUUCUAACCCGGGAAAAAUGGAGAAGCUGAGGCUACCUCAGGGAAGCGGCUUGUCCUGAGUCUUGCAACGAAUUCGGAGUCAGCUCAACCGCCCAGGACUUCGAGGACUCGGAAGCAGGACACUGCCCAGCUCUCGGCCCCUGUUCAGCCCCUCCCCCCCAGGGCUGUUGCGGAGUGGGUAGUGGGCGUCGGGUUUCCCACCCAGCUGGACCCAGGGGGCGGGGCCACAUCAGCCCCGUCCCAGCCCCAUUGGCUGCGGCGCCAAGGGGCGGGGCGGGGCUGCCAGAUGUUGGGGCGGUGGCUGCUGCUGCGGCGGGAGCUACGGAGAGGGAGGAGCCGCUGAGCCUGGCGGAGGGCAAGGGCUCCGCUGGCCGGCCUUCCCGGCCCUCACCGCACCGCUCCUGCUGGAGUUCGAAGAGCAACUGGCAGGCCUGGCGGGGGCUCCGGCACGGGCAUGCACAGCACUCGGCUUGACAGCUUUCUUGGCCAGCUCCGCUGGGAACUGCUGUGUGGCCGGGACACAGGCUCAUCCCCCAUGCCUGGCCCCCUUCCACCACCCCCCAAACCCGAUCCAGGCGUGCGGCCCAAGCACCGGCUCAGGGUCUCAGAUUCAGAUGCCUUGGAAGAGGACUCAGUCUGUGGUGUGGAGGAAGAGGAGGAAGACGCUAUGGUGACAGGAGACAGGGGUGCAGCCUUGGGAGGCCCCAGGGAGCAUGCCCUGGACUGGGACUCUGGAUUCUCAGAGGUGUCAGGCAGCACAUGGAGAGAGGAAGAGCUGCCCAUACUCCAGCACCCAGCACCCCCAGUAUGGCCCCCUCAUAGACAGCACCUCUCAGCCAGUAGCAUUCCCCUGCCCAGUGGGGCUCCUGUGACCAGUGCACCACCUGCCCACCGACCACGGCCCAAGUCCACCCCAGAUGCCUGCCUGGAGCACUGGCAAGGGCUGGAAGCUGAGGACUGGACAGCAGCCCUGCUGAGCCGAGGUCGCAGUCGCCAGCCCCUGGUGCUAGGGGACAAUUGCUUUGCUGACUUGGUGCACAACUGGAUGGAGCUGCCAGAGGCCUCAGGUGAGGGGGAUGAUGGGGGUGGGCCACGAGCCCGUGCUCGCCCCCCCCAGUUCCUACUUGGUCUCUCAGAACAGCUGAGGCGCCAGCUGGCCAGGGCACGCCGGGCAGCGCUGGCAGGAAAGCGACUCUCAUGCCCACCUCGCCCAGAACCCGAACUGCCUACAGAUGUCUCGCGCUUUGCAGCCCUUAUGAGUUGCCGCAGUCGCCAGCCUAUCAUCUGCAAUGAUGUUGUCAGCUACCUCUGACCCUGCCCUCCAGCCUGGGACAAUAAAGGCCUUUCUCUGGA